AGCCAGCACUCAGAUCCUUGUCCCGUCUCCGACUCCUCUCCCAGAGCAGCAGCUGUUAUUCUUUCUGCCUCUGUUCCAUCCAGCCACCACCAUGAGCCAGUCCUACUCCUCCAGCCAGAGGCUCUCUUCAUACCGCCGGACCUUUGGUGGGCCUGGCGCAGUCUCACCUUCCUUUCCACGGGCCUCCUUUGGCACCAAGGGCUCCUCUGCUAGCUCCAUGUCCUCUCGGGUCUACCAAGUGUCCCGCAGCGCUGCCGCACCCAGUCUCUCCAGUUUCCGAGCCAGCUACUCAGCCCCACUGCGCUCAGCCUACCAGGGGGCUGGGGAACUCCUCGAUUUCUCCUUGGCCGAUGCCAUGAACCAGGAGUUCCUACAGACACGCACCAAUGAGAAAGUGGAGCUGCAGGAACUCAAUGAUCGCUUUGCCAACUACAUCGAGAAGGUGCGUUACCUGGAGCAGCAAAAUGCGCUCAUGGUGGCCGAAGUCAACCGGCUCAAAGGCAAGGAGCCCACGCGGGUGGCUGAGAUGUAUGAAGAGGAAUUGCGAGAGCUGCGGCGGCAGGUGGAGUUGCUGACCAACCAGCGAGCACGUGUCGAUGUAGAGAGGGACAACCUGCUGGAUGACCUCCAGAAGCUGAAGCAAAGGCUGCAGGAAGAGAUUCAUCUCAAAGAAGAAGCAGAGAACAACCUAGCCGCUUUCAGAGCUGAUGUUGAUGCAGCCACUCUGGCACGAAUUGACCUUGAGAGGCGCAUUGAAUCAUUGCAAGAAGAAAUUGCAUUCCUCAAAAAGGUGCACGAAGAGGAAAUCCGAGAAUUGCAAUCACAGCUUCAAGAACAGCAAAUCCAGGUUGAGAUGGAUGUAUCGAAGCCAGACCUGACAGCAGCACUUCGUGAUAUCCGUGCCCAGUAUGAGACUAUUGCUGCAAAGAACAUCUCUGAGGCUGAGGAAUGGUAUAAGUCCAAGGUGUCUGACCUGACCCAGGCAGCGAAUAAGAACAAUGAUGCUCUGCGCCAAGCCAAGCAGGAGAUGAUGGAGUACCGGCACCAGAUCCAGUCAUACACCUGUGAGAUUGACGCACUCAAGGGCACGAACGAUUCUUUGAUGAGGCAGAUGCGGGAGAUGGAGGAACGCUUUGCUGGAGAGGCCGGCACUUAUCAGGACACGAUCCAGAGGCUUGAAGAGGAGAUCCGACACUUGAAGGAUGAGAUGGCACGGCACCUGCGCGAGUAUCAGGACCUGCUCAAUGUCAAGAUGGCUCUUGAUGUUGAGAUUGCUACUUACCGCAAGCUGCUGGAGGGUGAAGAAAGCAGAAUUUCUCUUCCCAUCCAAACCUUUUCUGCCAUCAACUUCCGAGAAACUAGUCCAGAGCAACGGAGCUCUGAGGUCCACACUAAGAAAACCGUGACCAUCAAAACCAUUGAGACACGUGAUGGGGAGGUGGUCAGCGAAGCCCUGCAACAGCAACAUGAGAUGCUGUAAAUCCUGUCACCCCCCAGCGAGGCAACUGGCCCAUCUAAACCCUCUUCCUCCCACACGCAACGACCUAGUAGUCCGGCUCCCACAUACUCUCCUGCACACCCACUGCUCUGUGACAACACCAGGGGAGAGUCUCACACACUCAGCCAUACGUGUGGGAGACUCCCUGCUCCCAGUGCCCCAAAUCCCUCUCUCCGUCUGCUCCUCUUCUUCUCUACCUUUUCUGGAAAACAAGGAGGGGAAGAGGACCGAAAGAGAGGCACAGCUGUGUGUGUGCAUAUGUGUAUCUGUAUGUGUGCAUGUGUUGACUGGGGGAGGGGGAUGCUUCCUGCUACUAUAGGAAUGGAAGCUCUGAUUAUUGCCUGCACAUAGACCUUCCCCCUCUCCCUCCAUGAAUACAUUUCUGCAUGUAUUGUCCCACAUUAAUGUGCCUUGGCACCCUUGUGUAGCUUCAUUCGCAACCUGAGCACAGGUGCACACCCCCUGAUCCCUUAGAGUCCUCCCACUGCAACAUAAAUGGGGCUGGUCUGCAGGCCAUGGAGGGACAGGGAAGAAGGGGAGGACAGUGGGUGAUGCCGAGAGAAUGAGGAUGAGCCAAUUGCCCAGCCUUGCUUUGGGGACCAAAGCCAUGGAAGAUCUCUGCCUACCUGCCCCCCUCCUGUUGGAGCAGGACUCCUUCCAUGGGGUUGGUGGUGGGGUUGUAUCUAUAUCUUCAAGGAAUGCCUGUCCCUGCAGCUUGCUAUCUUAGACAAAAGUUUGCUCUGCCACCUUAUGUGUAGGUUCCUUCCAAUGCAUGGGGCAGAGAUUGGGAAUUCCCAGAAGCGGCAGAUGCAUCCACUAAAAGAGGUUCCUUUGCCUUGAGUAAGAUGAUGACGACGACAACAACAAUAACAAUAACAAUAAUAAUAUACUUUAUUUGUAGCCCACUCUAUCUCCCCAAGGGAAUUGCCUAGGGUAGAAGGCUUGGACUAUUCACAGACUAAUCACUUCCCUCCUGCUGCAGAGAAAAGCUCCUAGUAUGGGAGAGGGACAUUUAGGAUCACCAAGGACAGACAAAGGACCUCGGGGCAGAUGCAUCCACUAGAACAGGUCCUCCUGCCUUGAGUAUUAUCCCCGUCCCACAGGGAUAGCUGAAAGGGACUUUUUAAAAGUCUUGUGGGAGUUGGACAAGAGAAGGAACUAGCAGGUGAUGGAUAUGGGGGAGAGAGAGGGAGCGAGAAAGUUUGUGUAUUUGAGUGAAAAGAGAAGAUGGAGAGAGACUGUCUGUCCCCUGCCCCUCCCACCUCAAAACAUAACCUGCUCUGCCAAGUGAUUAAUAAACUAUGGAGCACAAAA